AUGCGGUUUCUUGCUUUCAACCUCUGCCGCAUGCCGUUCUACAACCAGGUCCUAAGCCGCCUUCGAGAGAACCCCUCCGCCAAUUUCCUCGACGCCGGCUGCUGUUUUGGACAGGAAAUCCGCUCGCUUGUUGACCAGGGCAUCCCCAGCAACCAACUAUACCGAUGUGAUCUGGAGCAGCCCUUCAUUGACCGAGGCUACCAGCUCUUCCGGGACCGUGAUCGCCUCGAAGCGACGAUUGCCACGGGAGAUCUCACGGCAAACGAUCCCAAGGCUGGAGAGAGUGAAUUAGGGCAGAAAAUUACUGGCAAUAUAUAUUCGCGAGCGCCCUAUUCCACCUAUGAGAUUACGACACUGGGCUUUUAG